CCGCUCUCUCUUCUUCCAGAGCUGCAGCUGCCCUGUAGCGAGGACGAAAGUGAGAAAACUACAAGUCCCAGCAGCCCAUGGGGCGCCGCGGGGCGGGGCGGGGCGGAGCGCGCCGGCGUGGCAUUGGGCGGGCGAACAGGCUGGGCUGCAGCCCAUCGGAACGGGAGGCUGGCGGUUUGGGGCGGGGGCUGGGCCUGGGCCCAGCAGCUGCUACUGCUGCUGAGGCCAGUGGGUGCUGGACCUGGAUCCGCUGUAGCAGCCUUCUCCAGAUUCGCGACCAUGGCAGCCGCGCCCCUGAAAGUGUGCAUCGUGGGCUCCGGAAACUGGGGCUCCGCCGUGGCCAAGAUCAUUGGCAACAACGUCAAGAAGCACCAGAAGUUCUCGCCGCUGGUCAAGAUGUGGGUCUUCGAGGAGACGGUGAACGGCCGGAAGCUGACCGACAUCAUCAAUAACGAUCACGAGAACGUGAAGUACCUCCCCGGACACAAGCUGCCCGAGAACGUGAUCGCGGUCCCGAGCCUCAGCGAAGCCGUGAACGACGCAGACCUGCUGGUGUUCGUGAUCCCGCACCAGUUCAUCCACCAGAUCUGCGACGAGAUCACCGGGCUUGUGCCCGCGCGGGCGCUGGGCAUCACCCUCAUCAAGGGCAUCGACGAGGGCCCCAACGGGCUGCGGCUCAUCUCGGACAUCAUCCGGGAGAAGAUGGGCAUCGACAUCAGCGUGCUGAUGGGCGCCAACAUCGCCAACGAGGUGGCCGCCGAGAAGUUCUGCGAGACCACCAUCGGCAGCAAGGUCCUGGAGAACGGGCUUCUCUUCAAGGAACUCCUCCAGACCCCGAAUUUCCGCAUCACCGUCGUGGAUGACGCCGACACCGUGGAGCUGUGCGGUGCGCUCAAGAACAUCGUGGCGGUGGGCGCCGGCUUCUGUGACGGGCUGCACUGCGGGGACAACACCAAGGCCGCCGUCAUCCGCCUGGGGCUCAUGGAGAUGAUCUCCUUCGCGCGCAUCUUCUGCAAGGGCCAAGUGUCCACGGCCACCUUCCUGGAGAGCUGCGGCGUGGCCGACCUCAUCACCACGUGCUACGGCGGCCGCAACCGCAGAGUGGCCGAAGCCUUCGUCAGGACCGGAAAGACCAUCGAAGAGCUGGAGAAGGACAUGCUGAACGGGCAGAAGCUGCAGGGCCCGCAGACGGCGGCCGAGGUGCACCGCAUCCUCCAGCAGAAGGGCCUCGUGGACAGGUUCCCCCUCUUUACGGCUGUCUAUCAGAUCUGCUACCAAGGGCGGCCUGUGCAGGAGAUGCUUUCGUGCCUCCAGAGUCACCCGGAGCACAUAUAGGGGUGACGGCAGGGGCCCGACUCCACACAGACAUGCACGAAGGCAGAUUUCUCCAGGUUCCUUCUUUUCUAGCCCGGGCAGAGAGUGGCACACGGAUGGCCUAGUGCGGGACAGAUCAGCACACUCACUGACUUGUGGGUGUUUUAAGAUGCCGUCAAGCAAGUGCUGCACAGCUCUACCUAUGUGAUGUGUGCGUGCGUGGGCACCUCCAAAUGCCCCCCUCCCCCCUGCUUCCUCUUUGGGAAUUUCCCCAUCGUGAUCGCUGGGAGAUUGGGACUCUUUUUACUCCUUUCAUUUUCUCUGUUUUUAAAUUGGGCUCGUGUGAAGGCCAGGCCUCGGAGGGGGCACCGGUGUUUGUAAAACAGUGGGCCAGCAUUGCUGGGGGAGGUGGGAAGAAGAGGGACGUUUGUCUGCUCAAUACACCAAAUGCACGAGAAUUUUACGUCGUGCCGUCCAGUCAAACCCAGAAGCAUCUAUUCCUGAGCACUGCUGGGCAAGGCAAGCACCAGGGAGCUCAGGCUUCGGUGACUGUGUGGGCCGUUGCUUUUUCAUGACAUUUCCAAUCGGGACACUGGCUGCAUUGCUCUUUCUGCCCUUUCCUGCCCUUUGGGAAGCCCGACCUCUCUCUCCCUGCCUCGUCCGUGACCCUGCUCAGGCUUAGAGCUGUAAGAAUAGCGUGAAAACCACUUGCUCCCCCUUCCCGGUAGUCUCCUAGCCGUGCUUGAGGCCUCCCAGCUCUGUGUCGUUGCCUAAUAAAACGCUUGGUGCCAGAGCGUCUAUGCUCGUGCCUGCCAAGCUCCCCACCGUCGGCACCGUGGGGCCGGCCCCUGUCCGCCUUAGGGCCCUCCUUCCUGGACCCCGGAGCCUGGCCUCUGGCUGUGGCAGGCUAAGGAGGCUCUGACAAGCUCACCAGCAUUGCUCUCUUCCUUACCUCUGGCCCUCUGCCAGAUAGGGAUGGGGCAGGCGAGAGACAAGGAGAGCCCCAGGGUUCUCCUGGGACCCGGCCGGUGGCCGCCAUAUUGAAGUGGCCUCUUCUACACAUGGAGCCCGACUGCAUUUCACAAGGCUUGUUCUUGGCACAUGGCAGUCUUGAACCAGCUCGUGUGUCUCUCUUUAGUCUGCUUAGAUCUCCCCCAAAUUCUUUAUGAUGACCCCAGAAGCCAAUGGAACCUAGGCGAAAUCAGCCUCACGAAUGCGCACAUUAGAUACUCGCUGUGAUUUUUUUCCUUUCUUUCUGGGACUCGAAAGGGAAUGGAUUCAUCCCGGUGCCUGAGCCCUUUCCUUCGCCCACCUUUAUUUAGCACUGGACAAAUGGGAAGGGAACGUGGGACUGUCUCCAGACCUUCAGGGCCCCCUCAGUCACUUUCUGAGACAUUUGCUCUUUACUUUUGCUAUUGCUGAAAAUGAUUGUAGACGAAUGUUUUGUGGGAUUUUUAAAAAAUCCCACCCAAAACCACUGGGCAUUUUAGAAUCAGAAAUAGACACCUGUGAGAAGCACAUCAGGCUACUUAUUCUCUUCAUUGACUUCAAGCCACUCGACUGGUGGGAAGCCUUUUAAAAGUUUGUACAUUCAUGAAAAAAGUUGCAUUUUAAGAUCCCUAAAGGGUUGUCCACUAAUCGGGGGCUCCUGGGUAGCUUCACUGUGAGGGGCGGUUGGGGUUUUGUGGAUUCCCCUCUGCAUACUCUCUCUUUCUCUGGCUUUUAUACUAGUGUGGUUGGUUGGGUUUUGUUUGUUUUCCCCCCUUUUGACAGGCCCUGGCACCACUCUCUCUAAAGUCCAUUUUUUCAAUCUUAGACAUACACAACAGCCACACAUUAUGAGAAAGGGCAGAUUUUUAAAAAAUUUGCACGCUGGGGAUUCUAGCUAUUUAUUAUUCCACUGGCGAUAGCCAUCUGCUGAUCACCUGUGACCUUUGGUUUGAUGCUGACUUGGAUUAACGCUUCCUACUAAUGGUGGUAACUGGGGGAUGUCCAUUUGUGCACGAGCCACCCGUAAUGGCGCCUUGCUAAAGCAUGGCUGACAGCAGCAUGGAAUCGGCAUCUUCCUCAGAUUUCUCAUCCAAGAGAGUGGAAUGAAAGAAGGACCUUGUGAAUGUCAUGGUCCAUUGGGUGGGCUCAUGGGGGGAUGGGGAAAGGAGAUGGAGCUCCUAGUGAGGUGCCCGUGGACAAAAAGAAUGUUUUCUGUCACUAAAUCUAACUCUUGAUUUAUUUUCACGUGGACUGUAUUUGUUUACGUAUCCUAGAUGGGCAUAUAAUUAAAAGCUUGGUACAAUAAAUGUUUUAUUCCCA